CGAUUAUUGAUUAGUCCAAAGUCGACUAGUCGACUUUUAAUCCCAUCGAAUCACUUGUCUUGACGUUUAGCUCUACGAAUACUAGAUAAUAAUGGCUUCAUUGAUAACGCGUAGCAGUGUUCUGAAAGAAAUUAUCAAUCCCAAAGUUGGUCAAAAGAUCUUGGGGUCAGUUGCUGCUGCUCAAAGCCAACAACAACGUAACUUAAACGUACAAGAACAUGUGUCCUACAAACUUUUGAAUGAUGGCAACAUUGCAACCCCAAAGUUUGGCGUUGCAUCCUCUGCUCAAGAAGCCCGCGAUAUUGCCACUAAACUUAACACCAAUAACUUGGUAUUGAAAGCUCAGGUAUUGGCCGGUGGUCGUGGUAAAGGCGCUUUCAAGAAUGGUUUCAAGGGUGGUGUCCGUGUGGUCAAUGACCCCAAGGAAGCCGAAGAAGUUGCUUCCAAAAUGAUCAAUCAACUUUUGGUAACCAAGCAAACUGGUGCAGCUGGUCGCAUCUGCAAGAAGGUCAUGGUUGCUGAACGUAAAUUCCCCCGCCGUGAAUUCUACUUUGCCGUAAUGAUGGAGAGAGCUUUCAAUGGACCCGUUGUGAUCGCUUCCUCUCAAGGUGGUGUUAACAUUGAAGAGGUUGCCGCCGAAAAUCCCGAUGCUAUCAUCUAUGAGCCCAUUGACAUUAAGAAGGGUCUUACCAACGAACAAGCCUUGAAAGUAGUCAAAAAGGUUGGCCUGGACGACAAGCAUGCCAACGACACUGUACAAAUGUUGCAAAACAUGUACAAAUUGUUUGUGGAGAAGGAUGCUUUGUUGAUUGAAAUCAAUCCUUAUGCCGAAGAUGCCAUGCAAGGAUUCUUUGCCCUUGAUGCCAAGUUCCGUUUUGAUGACAACGGUGAAUUCCGCCAAAAGGAAUUGUUCGCCAUGCGUGACUGGACCCAAGAAGAUCCACGUGAAGUUGAAGCUGCCAAAUAUGAUUUGAACUACAUUACCUUGGAUGGCACCAUUGGUUGCAUGGUUAACGGUGCCGGUUUGGCUAUGGCCACCAUGGACAUUAUUAAAUUGUAUGGUGGUGAUCCAGCCAACUUCUUGGAUGUUGGUGGCGGUGCCACUGCUCAAGCUGUUAAGGAAGCUUUCAAAAUUAUUACAGCCGAUCCCAAGGUGAUGUGCAUUUUGGUUAACAUUUUCGGUGGUAUUAUGCGUUGUGAUGUUAUUGCUGAAGGUAUUAUUGCUGCCGCCAAGGAUUUGCAAAUGAAAAUGCCCAUUGUAUGCAGAUUGCAGGGAACUAAUGUAAAUGAGGCUCGUGAACUAAUCAAAAAAUCUGGCUUGAGAAUUAUCCCCCGCCACGAUUUGGAUGAAGCUGCCAAUUUGGCUGUCCACUUGGCCAAGAUUGUUGAAUUGGCCCGUGAAGUUAAGAUGGAUGUCAGCUUCGAGAUCCCCGACAGCGUCAAAAAAUCAAAAUAAAAACAAUUCUCAGACUCGUUUAGCUACUGUUACAAAGGGAUGUAAGGAAGCUUCAAACCCAUAAAUUCCUCAUCCUUCAAGAUACCUGGGUUAUAAACUUGCUUAUGUUAUUUCGAGUUCAAGAUUUACAAGAUUUUAAAAUCCCUCUUUGUCUCAAUGACUAUCAAUCUAAAUUAUGUAUGUAUGUGUGAUUUUUGAAAUGAAGUGCGUACAUUAUUAAUUAUUUUUUUGAAUAACCUACAAAUUCGUAACUAAUAAUUAAUAUUCAACUAACUAUUAA